AACGCUGUUUAUGACGUUUCCCCGCGUUCAGUUUUUCAAGGCAAUUUGCUGAGGUUCUAUUUACCAUACCGCAAAACUCUGAAAUCUUUUGAAAAUGGUAGAACGAAUUGAAGAUCUUAACCUCCCGAAUACGGUAGUAACCAGAUUGAUGAAGGAAGUGCUACCGGCAGAUGUUAAAAUUGCAACCGAAACGAGAACAGCUUUGACGCGCGCAACAUCCGUGUUCGUUUUGUACCUUACAUCAGCGGCAACCGCUGUUGCUCAGAAAAAUAAACAAAAAUCAUUGACCGUGGAUCACGUUUUCGCCGGAUUAGAAGAAAUAGAGUUUGAGAGUUUCAUCAAACCAUUGAAAAAGGAUUUGGAAAAAUACCGGAAAACUGUAAAGACCAAAAAGGAUAAAAAAGUAGACAAGCCGGAAACAGAUGAAGCAAUAAAAGAAGAAACCGCAGGAGAAUAGUUCGAGUAGAUGUUUUUUUUUGCGAUUAAUUGCUGAAAUAAUCAAUUUUACUAAUUUUUAUUCAUAAAAUUAUAUUGUACAAGAUUCAUAACUAGUAGUUUACAUGUCAAAUAAACUGUUU